AUGAUUGGGCCAAUGGUAUGCGGAGGAAAGCGACGAGGAAGUCAAUUUUCAGAAACAAGAUCUAUGAAUACGGAUCGAUUCUCUUCGCAUCUUUUAGUAGACAAUCCGGAUUACACGAAGAAAUACUCAACUAGCAAUUACUAUGGUGCAGCAAAACAGAAACGGUCUUAUAACGUUUUGAUAACAGACUCCAGAAGAGCAUCGAUGCCAGUAUGCGUUCAACAAAUUGCCAUUUCUAACUCUACAGCUCCAAUUCUAAAAAAAAGAUCCUGGGCAAACGGAGCAUGUUUUUCUGUAGAUGGAGUGAUUACAAUGACACCUCGAGAAGCUUUGAAACUGAUGAGAAAAGAAGAUUCAAUUACUAGUGAUAACAUUUUGAUUAAAGAAAUUGCUUUGAUGUAG